CUGUCUGAAGAAGACUCGAGCGCUUUUCUUAUGGUUCAAAUGACAUCGGGGCGGGGGGCAACAUGGUGAGUUUGUUGGUUAACAGAAACUGCAUGGAAAGCUUGCGGAAGGACAUCACGGAUCUCCAAGGGACGGUCAUCAGCGUAUUUUCCCACGCUGGAGCCGUGCGCUUUCCUUCCUGGAAAUUUCCAGAUAAAGUGUCCUGUGACUUAGACUUGGUGGCUUUGAUGGGACAAUAUGACUUUGUCGAGGAUGACCCUGAAUUUACACAGCAUUCUCAUGUGGUUCUUCUGGAACUAGUGAUUGACAGGUAA